AGUAGCCUAGCUUUUUUUCAAUUACUUUCACUUUACCGCUAACUCUUCCUUUCCUUAGGUUUCGUUUUCGAGUACAGUACAAUUCAUUCCUAGAAAGUUUCGAUUACAGCUUGACAUCCUUAAACACGAGCUACAGAAGCGAAGAUACAUUUCUCAACACGAUGGCUAAACGCACGAUGUCCCACAUUGGACAGUGGUGUUCCAGAAUUUUUGGAGUCGAGUGCGCCAAGGCGCGUCCUGUCUAUUUCGCCUUGCGCAUGGGUAGGCAGAUGGAAUCGACAGGAACGGAGUUGAAAGAACUAUUCGGAGAUAGGAAAGUCUACUCAUUUCACGUCCACUGCAAAGACAGAAUUCAGAGAUCGAAAUGGUAUGAGCUUCUCCAAAACAAACUGUCAUCCAUUCCCUCAACCGACUGCACUAUAAUGGAAAUGUCAUCAUUCUUGCCCAAUGUGCAGCAAUCGGUCAUCAAAGGAUUUCUUUUAAAACUCAACAAUGAUAACCCCAUCACAGAAAAGGUGGUUGAAGAACUUCUACAAGUGGACACACUGUUUAUCUGUUCUUAUGUUCAAGAAAGAGACGAGAUCUGGCAGCAACACCUGUCUCAGACUGAAGGCUUAGACAUGUCUACAAGGUACCGCGUCAUGUCAACAGGAGCACCGGCACUUCAUCCCUCAGUUCUAAAUAUAAAGAACAACGACGUUUUCUACAGCUUCGAAGACGCGUAUAAAGUUUUGGUGGAGUGUAGGGACAUCAUUCCUGAGUCAAAGGCUGUUCUGGAUCUAGUGGAUCAGCGAAUACAUCCCAGUGAAAGUGGGAAGUUCCCGGUAAUUGUCAUUGAAGGACUCGAUGCCACAGGUAAAACAACGCUGACAGAGUCUUUGAAGGAGACGGUGAAUGCUGCGCUGCUCAAGUCCCCUCCCCAGAGUCUGGCUCCACUGAGGCCGCGCUUUGACUGCGAGCCCCCCCUUAUCCGCAGAGCCUUCUAUGCCCUGGGGAACUACAUUACAGCUGGGCAGAUAGCCAGGGAGUCAUCAAAGGCUCCUGUCAUUGUAGACAGGUACUGGCACAGUACGGCGGCGUAUGCCAUCGCUACAGCGGUGGGCGGAGGCGUGGGAAACCUGCCAGCCCGCGGGUCGGAGGUGUACCGCUGGCCCGGGGACCUGCUGCGGCCCGGCCUGGUCCUGCUGCUGACCGUCGACCCCGAGGAGAGGCAGCGGCGGCUGCGGGGCCGGGGCCUGGACCAGACCCGCGAGGAGGCCGAGCUGGAGGCCAACCACCUGUUCCGCAAGAAAGUGGAGGAAGCGUACAAGAGGAUUGAGGACCCGGCCUGCGUCAUCGUGGAUGCCAGUCCCACUCCAGACAAAGUGCUCCAGCAAGUGUUGCUUUUAAUGAAGAACAAAUGCCACUUGUAAACAAGCUCUGCUCGCUCCCUCUUCUCCACCCCCUCUCUCUCUCUCUCUCUCUCUCUCUCUCUCUCUCUCUCUCUCUCUCUCUCUCUCUCUCUCUCUCUCGCUUCUCACUGCCUCAUCCAAAGGCGGAGCCUGUUCCUCUCGGCUCCACUAGGUGCCAGUGUAGUGUUGUGGAAGCGCCCCUUUGGAUUCCAGCAGCAGACGCCCCAGCUCUGAGCGGAGGGUGCUCACACACACACACACACACACACACACACACACACACAGCAGGGGGUGCGGGCAUGGCAGAGGGCCAGAGCCGGAGCGCGCCCAUCAGGACCAAGUAUCGGGACGUGUCACAACAUGUUCGCCUCUUCCACAGCAGCCCUGAUGAGAUCGAGGGGGGGGGAGGUGAGGGAAGGGGGGAGUUAUUAUGGACGCUGGUAUUUUCUGUCAGCAGCGAUCCACUGUGUGACCCUCUGACUGUUCACAGGGAUGCAGCGUUCAACGGCGCCCUUAUUCCUAAACCACAGGAAACGAAAGGCCUUAGGCUCUGUACUCAUCAAUCACUUAUAUUACAUUUAAGCAGAGGAGCCUGCAGAGGUUAGCACUGUACUUUCUCUUCCAGGCACUGAGGACAAGAACUCAGCCUAAGAGCUAUGGUAGCCAUUUGGCAAUUUCGAGCCAGCGCUGGGCAUGUAAUUAUUUAGGCCAUAGCAGUCGGUCUGGCCAGUGUUUUGAUGAUGGAUACAUUUAUAGAGUUAUGUGUGAAACACAUUACUGUUUUCCUUCCAUAAGUUCCAGCACUUGUUUAAUAGUAAAUGGUGUGAAUGAUUUUUGAAACCAUUGCUUACAAAAAUAAACAUGUCAA